AUGGCGACAGGAUCAAAAGUUCAUCUAGAGGCUUCUCAGCAACCACAGUUUUACGUCAAGGGUCUCACGGCCGAGAGUGCGGAAAAGACAAGCCAGCUCCUGCAAGUGAAUCACGAGAAGCAUCAUAUCUUCUUCAACCGGUCUGGGUUUCAUAAUCACAUUGCGCAUCACCUCCUCACGCUCUUCGCCCUCAAUGCCUCGCCAUCGGAGAUCCAGAAAGGCUACGAUACCAAUGUGUCAUAUCAAAGACCACCUGAACCUCUGAAAGAAUCCAUUAUGAACGAUAUGCACGACCCAAGUCGAUUCAAAACCUAUCUAGGCAAAGAAAAAUACUACCACGACUACCUCGUUUUCUUUCAGAAGGAGAUAGACGCGAAGGGCUGGGAGGAUGUACUGAACGAGUACCUUUUCGCAAACGAUGACCGGGCAAACGAUAUGCUAUGCCGACUUUACGCUGGAUUUUUGCAUCCUAUCAUACACCUGGGCUUUGGCAUCGAGUUCCAGCAACCAGCAAUCAUGGCCGAGGGUUUGGCGCAGACUGCUGUGCAUGAUAAUUGGAUGGCGCCACUAUUUCUCGGUUGUGAGAAGGCUGUAGAGUCGAACCGGGGAAAGAACACCCCGAAGAAGACGAUAGUCCAGCUGUUGGAGGAAGCGAAGAAUGACGAGAAGCUACGCAGUGCCGCGCACUGGGGAGACGGUAACAAGAUUAGAGAGGGGAUCAUGAAGCGCGCGCCGAAUGAGAUGAUCAAGCUCGCAAGCCAAUAUACCGUAGAAGAAGACGAGCUUGAAGAGAAGACUGCCGAGAUGAUCAACGCAGCUGUGUAUUACACGGGCGCGGCACAGCAUCCACCACACCAGAUCAAAUUCGACUUCUUCUACAUGCACUGUGUAAACAGCUCAAUCUUCUUCUCGAACUUCCUCUCCGCCACAAACGCCUUUCUUACGCCCGCCACCAAGCGCCGCCUGCUCGAAUGGAAAGUCUGGAACGACAUCGUCAUGUACGUAUCGCGUGGCUGCCCGGACCUGCUGCCCUCUGAAAUUCACAAUUACACGCCUGCACACGACUCAGACUGGUCUGGUAUCAUCAAGCGCGUUAAUGAACUCGAAGACGACGGUCACGCAUCGAAGUUGAUCAGGGCACUUGCGCAUGGUGAACAGGCAUGUAAGAAAUAUGAAGACAACGAAGGGUUUCUUGUGAAGGGAGACAUGUGGAAGAAACUAGGACACAUGGCGAUUGAUAGCGUGGAAGCGGGCGACCCGCACUGGGUGAGGAGUUGUGGGUUUGAACAGGCGUGGGAGGAUAUUCCACUGCGGGAGGGCGCGAGGCUAUGA